CACCGCCUCGUCGACACCGCAAUCCUCUGUUCUCUGCGAUUCAGAUUCUUCUUCAAUCUUCAUCUUACUCUCAUCAUCAUCUUCUACUUGUUUUGACUGUGCGCUGCGCUGACCGCUCGGCAUGGCGAGCUUCCAGACCCUCCUGAUCACCUACCUCCUCGGCGGAAUCACUUUCAUCCCUCUUGUGCUCUGCGCCGUGGUUUACUACAUCUACACCACCCUUCCCGAGGUAGACAAGGACGGCAACAUCAUCCAGCGCGCGCCUGCCGCGGAGGAUGCUGCGGCAGAAAAACCCACGACACGCACACCGUCCUCGUUCCCCGGCACUGAUCCGCUCGCCGCCGCGCCGCCCAACAGCAGCGGCGAAUCCGACGCCGACCGCGAGCGAAGAGAGGCAGAGGCGCUGCUCAAGUCGCUCGAGACGCAGCCUGAUAUUGGCGUGGACGCGUACAUGACCGGCUGGCUGACUGUGUCGCGCGAGUUUUCGUUUCAGCGCGUGACGGACUCGUCGCACGACAAGCACUCGUCCUCCUCGUCGUCGUCGGGCUCGUCGAUAAACGAGACGGCGUAUACGUCGAUUUAUAAGCAUUUGCUGGACCGCAAGACGCAGCAUGCGCAGGGCGCGCAGGCGCAGACGCCGUCGCCGGAUGGGAAGCCAAAGGUGAAGCCGAAGCGAAGGACUGCGAAUACCUUCUUUGCGAUCCUCAGACACGGCAAUCUCUUUCUCUACGACAGUCCCGAGCAGAUGAACGUCCAGCAAGUGAUUGUCCUCGCCAACCACACCGUCUCGAUCUGGCCGCCCAACAUCCCCGACGGCCAGCUCUUCAUCCGUCGGCACGCCAUCUGUCUCGCUCCGAUCCGCUCCAAAGCACUCGCCGCGGCCUCGCCCGUCGACGUCGAUCAUCCGCCCAAGAACGCUUAUUUCCUGUUUUCAGAAAAUUGUGCGGAAAAAGAGGAUUUCUACUUUGCCAUCCUGCGCGCGACCAAGCGCGCGAUCAAGGUCGCGCCGGAGAACAUCAGCGGAUCAAGAGGCGGGAGACACUUGCUUCCAAAGUACCCCGACGCCUUGAUCGACGCGCACCCGCUGAAAUUCAACCCCGAAGACAUCCAGAAACUGAUCAACACGAUCAACUCGGGCGAGGGCCACCAGGACACGAUGUGGCUCAACGCGCUUCUCGGGCGGAUGUUUCUGGCGCUCAAUCAGACGAGCGUGCUCGAGAACUUUGUAAAGACAAAGAUCGAUACAAAGCUGUCGCGCGUCAAGAGGCCGUCGUUUUUGGGUGAUAUCACGGUCACGAAGGUGCACUGUGGCACGUCGCCGCCUUAUCUUACCAAUAUCAAACUGAAGGAGUUUACUAAGGAGGGAUUGAUGACCGUAGCCGCCGACCUCAGCUACGAAGGCGAUCUAAAGCUCGAGAUUGCGACAAAAGCUACCUUGAACUUUGGCUCGCGUUUCAAAACACGAGAAGUCAGUUUACUACUGCUUGUCGCGUUUAAAAGUCUGCAGGGACGGAUUAAUUUCACGUUGAAGCCGCCGCCUUCGAAUCGGUUCUGGUACUGCUUCGAGACAAUGCCCAAGAUCAAUAUGGUGGUCGAGCCGGUGGUUAGUUCGCGGCAGAUCACGUAUAGUAUGGUUACUCGGGUGAUUGAGAACCGGAUUCUCGAGACUCUCCGAGACUCGCUGGUCGCGCCGUAUAUGGACGACCUUGCAUUCUACAACACAUCCCAAGAAUACUUCCGCGGCGGUAUCUGGGACCAUUCACUCCGCCAGGCCGAAGCGCAACAAGACCGUGCCGACGAAUCGUCCGCGCUUGCAGACGACCAUGACACCGUCGAGCUUGAUGCGCACUUCAACGCCUCCGCGCCACGGCACAACACCGAUAACUUUAGCAUUUCGUCGUCCAUCUCGCUCGAUUCGUCCGACAAAAACAGUCUCUACGACGAGCACUCGAACAUGUCCACUCCCGAGCUGCGGCAUCGGGUCAAGUCUGAGCUGAUUGGCGACUCGACGACGACAGCGGCCGCGGACGGGGAUGCGCAUGCUACCGUCGGACGCAGGAAGCGCGUGCCGAGCGUGUUUAACCCGUCUGCGCCGGCGAUCGUGGGGACGGACAAGAUGAAUAUAGUGGUAGUGGACGGGCAGGUCGUUAGCCAGAAGGACGCGAUGGUGUCGCAGUACACCUCAUCCUCGCCCUCGCACCGCUCGUCCAGCAGAUCCAGCGCGCGCUCGUCCUUCUCAAGAACCGACAGCGACCGCGCGUCCGUGUUCAACCACACCCUCGGCGGCAGCAGCACGUCCAGCAGCAGCGAUAACCUCUCGAGCAUGUCGUCGACGAGCGACGACACGCAUUCUCUCGCUAGCGUUGACACCGAGCGGGGAACUCGGUCAGAAACGAGUUCAAUCCACUCGUUUGGCGGAGACGCGUCGCCGGGCGAGCGCGCGACGAUAUCAGAGUCGGUGAAGAAAUGGGGAAGCAAGUAUUUUGCGACUGCGAAGAAAAACGUCGCGGCGCGGAUGGCUGCGAACGCGAGCAGCGGCGGACUGACGAGCUCGAGUAACCCUACAAGUCUGCAGAAGGACCGGAUUCAAAAGAAGAUCAUCGAGUCGCGGUUCGCAAACUCGGACGGCGAGAUUUUGCUGAACGCGCCAAAACCGCAUACUUAUCCCCCCGACGCGACGAACGUGGUGCCGGACACCGGGCGCGAGGCGAGAGCGGCGCAGGCGGAGGAGUUUCUUGAAGGACCGUCGUCUGUGUUUGCGUCGGGUAGUCAGCAUGCGCAGCCGGUGCAGACCCGGCAGAGCUACGGGCCUACGAGCAUGCAGCUUCCCACCAAGAUCGCGCCGCAACGCGUUCCUGUGUCGAGCUCUCCGGCGUCUACUACCUCUGAAGGGCUGCCGAUACUACAGUCGAUCCAGCCGCCGCCAAUGUCACCCACUCGCCGCAAACUUCUAGAGCAGCAGCAGUCCUCGCCUUCCUCUGACCACGCAACCAGCCCUCUACAACACACCAUCGGCCUAGACACUUCCGACUCGCCUGCAGCACCCCCACCACCCCCCUCGAUCGCUAAAUACUCCUCCGCCCCGUCGCAGCCGAGACCGUAUACCGCGCCGGAACCGACGUCGCCCGUGGGCGGCGUGCAGAGGAAAGCGAUUCCAAGGAAACCGGUGCGGAAACCUGUAGGCGGGGGUAUUUCGAAUGCGGUGGCGGCCGCGGCAGCUGCCGCUGCUGCUGCCGAGGCGGGCGUGUCGAACGCUAGCACGGAGACGUUGACGCCGUCGUCUGGCGAGCAUGAAGACGCGUCGCCGUCGCCCGCUGAUGCAGACGCACACUCUGACCCACCCAAACCAUCGCCAGAACCCGAGCAACCCGCGGCGGUAACCAUUCCGCAGCCUCCAGCAGCGACAAAACACAUUGACCUUGACGCGCAGCAGUUCGACAUUGGUCCGUCGUCGUUUGCGGAUCUGGUGGAUGAGGGAAAUAGUCUCGGGUUGGGAUACGACUAUGCUGCCGGGGGCGGGGUGACGAUGUAUGCGGGCUCGUCGCCUACGUAUUCGUCGAGCGCGGGGAGUACCUCGUGGGGAGGAGAGCGGGGGCGGAGAGGCGCGGAUGAGGAGAGGGAGAGAGAGAGGGAGAGAGAGAGGGAGAGGGAAAGAGAGAGGGAGAGGGAGAGGAAGGAGGAGGAGGAGAGGGGAGCGCCUGCGAGUGUUGAGGAGACGGUGGCGGAUUUGAUGACGUUUGAUGAGGACGAGGGGCAGAGUGCUGCUGCAGGGAAUGUCGCUGAGAGCAGCACGGAGAGCAGCGCGGAGACGACUACUGAGAGCAGCGCGGGAAGUGAAGUGCCAUCGACGUCUACAUCUAGUACCGCCGAGGUGCUCGAGCAGACCGCCAUCAGCGCGCAAGAAGAUUCGCAUGCUGCUGCUGCUGCUGCUGAGGUGGAAGUCGAUACCGGCGGUACUCCUCCUCCUACUACUACUACUACUACUACUACUACUACUACUACUUCUACCACUCCUGACCCCGUUGAGGUUGCUGAAAACCAAAACGAGGAGAGUCAGGACGAAGCGGGAAAAGUGGCAGAGAAGGAGGGCGAGGAGUAGAGAAUGAAAAGUGCAAAGUAUAGAUAGAAAUAGCGAUAGUUUUUAAUGAUUUAUCUUUUACUGCCGCGUCGAGUGA